AUGAAUGUCGGUGUGAAGUAUGAAACAUUUGUGAUAGGAUCCGAUGAAGACAUUCAAGUAUUGUUUCACUGUCGGUGGAGUUUUUCGGAGGUUAGAAUACCCGAGCUGCUUGCAAAGUUGGAAGAUGGCGUUGACAGCUCCGAGGCAUCGACGCUGAAUCCUCAGUCGAUGACGAUGGGUGGUGCCUCGACGUCGAUGCCUGUGGUAGCACCUUCAGGUCCGAUCCCUUAUCCUCCACGUGUUGUGGCUGGUACUGAUGGUGUGUCUCGUGGUGUUCCUGAUUUUGAAGUUGAGGCCGGACCGGAUCAAGUUGAGAAUGCAAUGUGGGAAGAUGAUUCAGACGAUGAGCUGAUUGGUCAAUCUUUCCAGAGUAAAGAGGAAGUUGUGUUGAGUGUAAAGGAUUAUAGCAUCCGGCGUGGAGUUGAGUACAGGGUGAUGGAGUCAGACCAUCUCAAAUACAACAGGAGAUGCAAGAAGUUUGGAAAAUGGUGCACGUGGAUGAUUCGUAUCACGCUGCGGCAAAGGAAGAGUACCUGGAAAGUUAAGAGGUACAACGGACCGCACACGUAUUUGGCCACAUCAAUAUCGAGCGACCACAGACAGCUUGAUUAUCAUGUCAUAUAUGUGACGAUCUUUUCGCUGGUCAGAGCUGAUGCCUCAGUUACGAUUAAGGUGUUGCAGGAAGCACCGGAGGCAACCUAUGGUUUCAGGCCUAGCUAUAAGAAGGUAUGGAUGGCAAAGCAGAAGGCAGUAGCACAAAUCUACAGCGACUGGGAAGAGUCUUAUGGUGAGUUGUCCCGUUGGAUCCUUGGGGUGACAUCCACCAUGGAGGGUACGAUUGCUUUGUUGAAGACCUCUCCGAUUAGAGUGGGUGAUCAGCGGCUAGUCAGCAUCGACGAUACGCACUUAUAUGGCAGGUAUGGAGGGACUUUGUUGUUGGCUAUUGCUCAAGAUGGAAACUCGAACAUCUUUCCUGUUGCAUUUGCACUUGUAGAAGGAAAAAAUGCAGAGUCUUGGGCAUACUUUCUAUCCAACCAAAGAAGACAUGUGACUCCACAACUAAGUAAUCUGGUGAUAUCUGACAGGCACAUUGGCAUCAAGGCUGCACUAGAAGCACUUGAUAGUGCUUCAAGGGGGCAAGAUUCAAGGAGGUUGCUGGUAAAUGCUGCUUAUGCAAAGACAGUAGCUAAUUUUGACUAUUGGUUUGAUAUAAUGAGGACAGAGAAUCUGGCUAUGUGUGAUUGGGCAAAUAGGAUGGAGUAUGACAGGUGGACACAACACAAGGAUGGUGGCAGACGAUAUGGUCACAUGACGACCAACAUAUCUGAGUGUGUCAACUUUGUUUUGAAGGGAACCAGGAAUCUACCAGUGACAUCGUUGGUGAAGUCGACAUAUCUACGACUUCCAGAGUUGUUUGUUGUCAGGGGUAACUUCUCGUUGGGUACCUAUCAAGUUUCUCUUAGAGAUCGCACCUGUGACUGUAGCCACUUUCAGGCCCUGCACUACCCUUGUUGCUAUGCAAUCGCAUGUUGUGUUCAGUCGCGGCUAGAUUGCGCCAUGUAUGUUGAUGAAGUUUACAGCAUAUCUGAGAGGGUCUUUGGCUACCAUAUGACACACCGACUGUCAUCCCUGACCCUAUCAUGCGAUGAGCUAGAGAAGGGCGAACCACGAUCCACCCGCAUUUGCAACAACAUGGAUGAAGCUGACUCUGGUAGACCGAAGCGAUGUGGCUUAUGCAGGCAACCCGGCCACACUCGUAGGAGUUGCCCUCAGCGAGGUUCCACGAUCGGGUCCUAG